GACGGGGUGAAAGCUGAGGGGCAGUCCUGCGAGGCCGAGAGUAUCCGCAAGCUAAGCGAGUUGCGGAGCCGGGGCGUCCCGGAGCCCGGAAAGCUCCGGGAAAGGUACUGGGAGGGCACCCAGGAGCGCUACCGGGAGAGGGAGGUGAAGCGCAGGGCCAAGGGCACGAAGCAGGUGGAGAAUAAGUACCGGCUGGAGAAGAAACCCAACUGGCUGAAGGACCCGAGGCUGGUGGAGACCGAGGAGAAGGAGGUCCUCAGAGCGAAGACGGACGAAAACUUGGCCAACCGGGUGUCGGGGCAGCAAAGCCAGCGGCCCACGAUUCGAUUCAACGUCUACCCUAGACCUCAUCUCCAGUCGCAGUGGUCCAUCUGCCACCACUCAGUCAGUGUCAUUAACGAGCUGGCGAAGAUGGGCGACCCAGACGUCCUGGAAAUGGUGCAGGAGGAAGAGAGAAUAUCCAAUAUAGAAACAGAAUAUGUUUUCGGAAUGAAUGAGCAGUCCCUGAGCAGCAGAGAGACCAGCUUUCUCAUCAGUGAAGAACCAGCGUCUGCAAAGCGAUUCAAUUUGUUCCUGAGAAGACGUCUUAUGUUUAAAAAAGAUGAACAAAGCAAAGAUUCUAUCUUCUUCCGAGAUGGGAUUAGGCAAAUUGAUUUUGUGCUCUCCUAUGUUGAUGACAUAAAGAAAGAAGCGGAAUUAAAGGCGGAAAGGAGAAAAGAAUUUGAACAAAAUCUCAGAAAAACAGGUCUUGAGUUGGAAGUUGAAGACAAAAGGAACUCUGAAGAUGGAAGGACUUACUUUGUCAAGAUCCAUGCCCCUUGGGAGGUACUAGUUACUUACGCUGAAGUGUUGGGAAUCAAAAUGCCUAUUAAGGAGAGUGAUAUUCCUCCAGCUGAGAAUAUCCCCUAUAUGCUUGGGCCUCUGAAGCUCCCAAAGAAUGUGAGGCACCCUCAUCCUGAAUAUUUCACUGCCCAAUUCACCAGACAUCGGCAGGAACUCUUCCUCAUUGAAGACGAGUCAAGCUUCUUUCCAUCCUCAUCAAGAAACAGAAUUGUUUAUUAUAUUCUCUCACGGUGUCCUUUUGGCAUAGAAGAUGGGAAGAAAAAGUUUGGAAUUGAAAGACUGCUAACUUCUAAUACUUACUCAUCUGCCUAUCCACUCCAUGAUGGUCAGUAUUGGAAGCCUUCAGAACCUCCCAAUCCUGUCAACGAGAGGUACAUACUUUGCCAGAAUUGGGCCCGGUUUUCCUAUUUUUACAAGGAGCAGCCUUUAGAUUUGGUUAGGAAUUAUUUUGGAGAAAAAAUUGCCAUGUAUUUUGUCUUUCUUGGAUUUUACACUGAAAUGCUGUCCUUUGCAGCUAUAGUUGGCUUAGCUUGUUUCAUUUACGGCUUAUUAUCAAUGGAUGGUAACUCAAGCAGCACUGAGAUCUGUGACCCUACAAUUGGAGGUCAAAUUAUCAUGUGUCCACUCUGUGAUCAAGUGUGUGAUUAUUGGAGACUAAAUACCACGUGUUUGGCUUCAAAGAUCUCCCAUUUAUUUGAUAACGAGUCAACAGUGUUCUUUGCAAUAUUCAUGGGAAUUUGGGUCACAUUGUUUUUGGAGUUUUGGAAACAGCGACAGGCCAGAAUGGAAUAUGAGUGGGACCUGGUGGAUUUCGAAGAGGAGCAACAACAGCUCCAGCUGAGACCGGAAUUUGAAGCAAUGUGUAAACACAGGAAGAUGAAUGCAGUGACUAAGGAGAUGGAACCUUACAUGCCUCUAUGUAGUCGUCUUCCAUGGUACUUUUUAUCAGGAGCUACGGUGACAUUAUGGAUGGCCCUUGUCAUCGCGUGUAUGGUAGCUGUGAUUGUGUACCGCCUGUCAGUGUUUGCUACAUUUGCUAGCUUCAUGGAAAGUGAAGCAUCCUUCAAGCAUGUCAAAAGUUUCCUCACUCCCCAGAUAACCACGUCACUCAGUGGAUCCUGCUUGAACUUUAUCGUCAUCUUGAUCUUGAAUUUCUUUUAUGAAAAGAUAUCUGCAUGGAUUACAAAAAUGGAAAUUCCUCGAACUUACCAGGAAUAUGAGAGCAGUCUUACCUUGAAAAUGUUCCUGUUUCAGUUUGUGAAUUUUUACUCGUCCUGCUUCUAUGUAGCUUUCUUUAAAGGGAAGUUCGUGGGCUAUCCCGGAAAAUACACAUAUUUGUUUAAUGUAUGGAGAAGUGAAGAGUGUGAUCCUGGAGGCUGUCUGAUAGAAUUGACAACCCAGUUGACCAUCAUAAUGACUGGGAAACAGAUCUUCGGAAAUGUCAAAGAAGCCAUUUAUCCUAUGGUUCUGAAUUGGUGGAGACGUCGGAAAGCUCGGACCAACUCUGAAAAGCUAUACAGUCGAUGGGAGCAGGAUCAUGACCUUGAAACUUUUGGAUCUCUUGGGCUAUUCUAUGAGUAUUUAGAAACAGUUAUCCAGUUUGGAUUUGUUACAUUAUUUGUGGCCUCUUUUCCUUUGGCUCCUCUUCUUGCUCUCUUGAAUAAUAUUAUAGAGAUCCGAGUGGACGCCUGGAAACUUACGACUCAGUACAGGAGACCCGUUGCUGCUAAAGCUCACAGCAUAGGUGUUUGGCAAGACAUUCUUUAUGGAAUGGCUGUCCUUUCUGUUGCAACUAAUGCUUUUAUUGUUGCAUUUACAUCGGACAUCAUUCCCCGUUUAGUUUACUACUAUGCCUACUCAACGGAUGCCACUGAGCCCAUGAGAGGAUAUGUCAAUGACAGCCUGUCAACAUUCCUCAUAGCUGAUUUUCCAAACCACACUGCACCUUCGGAAAAACGAGACUUCAUCACUUGCAGGUAUAGAGAUUACAGAUAUCCUCCUGAUCAUGAUCAGAAAUAUUUUCAUAAUAUGCAGUACUGGCAUGUCCUCGCUGCCAAGAUGACCUUCAUCAUCGUUAUGGAACAUGUUGUGUUUUUAGUUAAAUUUUUGUUGGCCUGGAUGAUCCCUGAUGUUCCAAAAGAUGUUCUGGACAGAAUCAAGCGAGAAAAGUUAAUGACUAUCAAGAUUCUCCAUGACUUUGAGCUUAACAAAUUAAAAGAGAACUUGAGAAUUAAUUCUAGCGAACUUGCCAAACAAGUCUUGAUUCAGGAAAACAAAGCACAACUGGCUAAAUCAGCAGUCUAAUCAACAUAAUGAGCAAGCAACUGGUUGCCUGUCUGGCUUCACGAUUUUCCCUGGGUUUUGGGCUAGAGGCCAGAAGGCAUGUGUCAAUUUCCCACCUCCUCUUCCUUCUUUUUUAAUUCAAAGUUUUUGUACACUUCUACAGAGGCCACCUUUGUGAGAUUGGAAGAAUACCACUUGUCUACUUCAUUGGCUGAGCUCUCCCCAGAUAUUGUUUUCUGGAGUUCUAGAAAUGAUUGUUAAAAGGGCAUGUUGAAUCAGGAUAUUGGAAAAUCAUGGAAUGUUGCAGUUUAGAAUUAAAGGCUGGACCUGGGCUGCCCCAUCACGUUCCAGUGCAUCUGCACAUUUUCAUGGUCUUCUAUUGGGUUGUUUUAUAACUCCUUCCCAUCAAGAAAAAUGUUGGGACAAAAAGAAAGGAAGUGAAGAGGCCCCCUGAGCCAUGUAUAUCCUGCCAUCGCAGACUAUGUGAAUGAAAAACCAAAAUCAGAUGACUUAAGAAAACUCACAUGUUAAAAAUGUUGGGUAGAUAUCAUGGCAUGGGUUUGUUCCUGAAAUCAUCCUAAGUUAAGUUAAACUUCCAUCAGAAUCCCAGAUUCCCCCUCCAGGUCAAUGCACAAUUGAUUUUUCAAGAGACUGAACAUUUGGGUUUCAACAAAAGACUUAACAACUCUGUUCUUUAAAGACAACAUUUUGGUAACAGUAGUUUCAAGGCUGAAUUGUCUUAUCUGGAAAACAGCAUUAAGAAGUUGUUAGGUUGCUUCAGUUCUUCAAGUAAAUGAAAGCUGUUAUAGAGAAGUAAAUGUGUCUUCUUAGUAGUUAACGAACGCAAGACAAUGAAUAUUGGUUAAUUUAUUGACCUUAAUCUGAAAAAAAUCGUUGAAUUAUUUUUAAAAAUCAUUUUUCUUCUACAAUGCGUAUUUUGCAUCAUGAAGCCUGUUUGAGUAUUAGCUCUUUGUAUAAGUUAGGUACAAGUUGUUUAUGAAAUUUGAUCUCUUUGUUUAAAGCAAUCUUGAAUCUUUUAAUGAGUUUACACUGUUUUCUAUUGAUGCAUCAUUUCAUACAAGCUCAGUGCCUUUUCCCUAUGCCUUUGACACACAAGAAGUGGUUGUGCUGUUCAUCUGACGUGAUGUGGCAUCUCAAAUCUUAGCUUGUUUUAGAGAAAUUGUCAAUUUAACAUCAGUCACAGAGUUUAAUACGAAAAGUAGAUCAACCAAGUAAGAAGGGGGUGAUGGAUUUGAUAGCUAAGUGGAAAAAAAUUAAUUGCAUUAUUUCUCUCAUACUUAGGCCCAUGGCACAUGUGCACCAGUUCUUCUUUCUCAUAAAAAAAAGUAUAUAUUUUUAACACUAUAAAGUGAAAGAUACUGUUCAGAUAUAGUACUUGCAUCUCUAGCUUCAAAUUACACUUCAGUUCCAAAAGAAUAGUGUUUUUUUAAUUGCAUACCAAAGAAGAAACUUUAUCACAAGAUAUUUUUUAAAGCAGUUUCAUUAUUUGAUACUAAUACAUUUUUGUAGAAUUGCCAAUAUUAAGUAUAUGGCAGGUAGUAUUAAAUAAUGAUCAAUAUUAAGCAUGUAGAAAUGAGGAUUAUGAAUUUUACAAAACCAUGAGACAGUUACCCCAAUAUUGGCAGUAAUGACUUGUCAUCCACUGGGUAGAUUUUAUAAAAAACAUUUUUGUGUAAUUUAAAAUGAUCCCAUUAAAGAAUGAUUUCAUAGGAGGAGGAGACUUACUUCUUGCUUGAGAACACCAGUCAGGGUUACUAUGAAAUAAGCCACAGAGGCAGUAUCUUUGGCUUGUCAUAUCGAACUCUGUUACUACAGUGUUGUCCCUUUGCACAGUUCAUACAUGUUGCUUUCUUCCUAGGUGCUAAUAAAAAUAAGGAAGAGUGUGGAAAUUGGUUUCUUGGAUAUAAGUUUUAGUUUGUAUGGCUUAAUGGUAUUUAUAGACCUAGAGCGUUAAGAUAAAUAAAGACAAAUUUAACUCAAAGUUAUCUGUACACUGCAAUCUUGAAAACAAACCAACUCCAGCGUUGGGUUUCUAGAAUGUAUGGAGAAACUAGCAAGAGAGGAAAUAGUUUUAGGACAAGUAAAUAGUUCCUAUGAUUGGUAGAUAUUUCCUUUUAAAAUGUUGACAAAUACUUUGUAUCAAUGUUUCCAUUUUCUACCAAGAAAUUUCUCCUUGUUUCACAGAUUUUAAAAUGAGAUACAAGUAUCCCUCACUUUCAUAAAAGCUUGCUAACCAAAAUCUAAAGCCAAAUCAAUUCAGGUAGAUUUGCUUUAUCUAAUUAAACUCAUGUUAUUAUGGGAGAGCUGAAUUAAGAGCACCUGACUACCAAAUGUAAGUUGGUGUUUAUCAUCAUGGCUGAUGUUUUUAUCAUCCGAUCAAAUCCAUACUUAUUUUUUUCAGAAAUGUCCCAGGAAACAUUGGGAUUUUGAGAUUUUACUUGAAAUAAUUUUAAGUGCAAAAACAAAACAAAACAAAACAAAUUACAUAACUCUUUCAAAUGUCAUCUCUAAUCCUUUCCUUCAUCAGUUUUUCUUUGCACACAAGAAGAAGAAUUCUCUUCAAAACAUUUAUUUUAGAGGAAUCCAUCAAGAAGGGAAUAUCUUAAUUAGAUGGAAUGCUGUCCUAUUUUUGCUGCAUCCCAUGACUCCUCUUGGGUUUAAGAUUCUUCUCUUAACUAAGCCAUUAAGCAAGUUAUCAAGGAGAAGAAGGAACAAAGAUGAUAAGAGGAGGGACAGAGAAUGAAUGAGAUAGAGUUCUGUCCUUCUAAAGCUAUGCAUGCUUCCAUGGGCAAGACAUUUGUGGAGGAAGCGUGGUGCAGCUGUGGGUGGUAAGAGGAACGUCUCCCCUAAGCCAUCUUAGUGAGGAUGAGAGAAAGCCAAAGAUGUUUCAAGUUGAAAACUGUUCCAGGUCAAAAGUAAAACUUGGAUUCCCAAAUGAUUUUGUACCGUCAGGUGCUAUGUGCAGCUGUGAAUCUCUGUUGAUUGACUGCAGUCGAGGGUGAGGAGUUUGUACUGCCCAUUCAAAAGGGGAAUCUACGGUUUUGAAAGAACCUCUCUAUAAUAGUUGUUUUUAAUUAGCAAUAGUUAUUAUGUUAUCAAAGAAUGUUAACAGGGAAAAGAGCAUUUCCAGAAGUACCAUUGGCUAGGCUUUGAAGUCCGCUACCACGAUUCACCAUGUUAUUCUUUUUCUAGACAAAUUUUUACUCUUCUGCUUUAUGUGUGAUAAUUCAAGUAUGUCAGUUAUUCCAACUAUGUAAAAAUUCAUGAGAAUAUUAAAAAAUAGCACAGUUCAAUGUAUAUGAGAUACCUUCUUCCAUUCCCCCCCAAAAAACAUUUGACUAGGAAUGUCUGUCUUUCCUGUAAGUGAUUUUGUGCCAUGGUUAACCAAGAAAAUAAGUGCUCUUUUUUCUUUUCUUUCUUCCGUUUUUUUUCCCCUCCCCCGAGGAGAUGUGUAUGGGGUUACACAGGGAAAGUUGCUCUUUAGUAACACGUAUGUAAAUCUCAAGAGAUUCAAACUCAUGCAGUGAAUAAAGUAAUAUUUUGACAUGAAUUCAGUUUGUUCUUACAGUAAACUUUGAUGUAAUUCUUCUGAAUUUGAGUGCUCUCAAAAGAUUUUUAAGCCUCUUUUUGUUUAGAAACAUUAAAUGCAUUACAUGUAACAUGUUUGAUUCACCAGAUUACAUGUUUGUGACAUUUAGAGAUGUAAAUUCCUCAAAAUAAGAGGCUGCAUGGUCCAGAAAAUUUGGAGGAAGUGGUACUUUUUGUUGUUUUGCCUCUUUAUUUUUUUCUACUUUGGGAAGUUGAUAAAGGUGAAUAGAAAGCCCCAGGAGAAAAAUAGUAUGUUGAGAUAUAUUGUGAAUAAAAAUCCCAUCUUUCUGAAAAAGAAACCCACAUCCACAUACCUUGGAAUUAUCUGGGAUAUUUGUGAGAAAUUCAUAUCCCUUGGUCCUAUCACAGAUCUCUAGGAACAAAAUCUUUGGGAGAAGAGCUUUAAAAAAUCUCCCAAGUUACAUUUUACUCAAGAAUUUCCUCAGAAUGCCACAUUUCCUGGCCUAAAGCACUUUUUCAUAAUAACUCUCAAACUUGUCAUUCCAAUUCAUCAAGGAGGUAUGUCAAGGCAGGUAGACUAGGGAUUUCCAAGUUCAUAGAACUGUUCUAAUUCUGCAGUGUGCAUGUGCAGAAGUAAUCCAAAUCUUAUACCUUAAGAGCCCUAGACUUGUAGUUUCUACUUAAUUAAAAAAAGAGAGAGGAUAAAAUAAAAUAUAUUUACUUUUACCAGUAUAUUCAAGAAAUAAAAGUGCACACUGGUCAGAAGUCAAGGUGACUCCAUCACAUUCUCUGUAAGAAAGACACAUUUUAAGUUGAAGGAAUUUAAUCAGGACAGAGAAACUAUGAAUAUUAUAGAAUAAAGAAUUUGUUAUAGAAAAAUAGGACUUUUGAAACUGUGAAAGUGGGAAGCAAUGGUGUCGAAGGGAGAUUUGGAGGGUCAGAGAAAGGCACUGUUCACCUCUCCUGGAACACUGUGGUUGGUGGACAAAUUGGAGCACUUACUGGAUAUUCAAGAGCUGAAGUGAGACUGGGAAGGAGGGCGAAUGAAGGAGUCUUUGGAAGGUCAUUGCUUCCCUAAAGCUACUUCUGUGAGUUUGCAGCCCAGCUUCCCUGCUGGUCAGCAAGAUCUGGACAUGAAGUGGAGAAGAGUGAGACCAGACUCCUGUCUGUGUGUCCUUCAUCUAUCUGUCUGCAAAGAUCUCCAGAGGGAAAUAGCAGCUGCUUCACUUCUGUCUGCCUCUUUUGCAAAUCUCACUGACACCAUCUAAGGAAAAGACUUCUGGGAAUUACAGCUCCAGCUUAACCAAAACUGCCGUAUAAACAAAACUUUACCAAAUUAAUGAAACUAUUGAUCAUCUGGAUGAUGUGACUAAAAAACAAAGCCAAUUUGCCUUCAUAAAAUGUUGUAUUUAAUAACUAAGAAUAGGAAUUUCUUUUCAAGAACGUUAUAAACACAGUCCGACCAAAUGCAAGGCCAUUAAAAAAAAAAACACUUUGAUUUUAUUUUCUCUGUCUAUAAUAAAAUGAAUCUAGAAAACAAUAAUAAGAUAACUAGAAAAUUAUGUGACAUAUUUUGAAAUAAUUUAUGAAUCAAAAAAUCAAAAUAAAACCUAGAAGAUAGUUCUAAUUACAUAGAACUAAAAGUACUGACUGAGCAGCUCAAAUUUUGUGAGUGUACUAAAUAUUUGUGGGUUGCUUUUAGGGGAAGUAUAUAGCCUUCAGUUAGGCUAUUCAAACAGAACGAAGAAAAAAAUAGGGUAAGCAUCAAAAGAAAUUAGAGAACAGCAAUGAAACAAAGGAAAAGGAAGGAGAAAUGAAUUUAAGGGGAGAAAUUAAUGAAAAGCUUACAGAAAACAUUUUUAAUGGGGCUGUGUUAGACCCACCCUUUUUAUUAUUAGAAGAAGAAAUUACACUUCCAGUAGUAACGGCCUGGGUUUUGUUCAGAUCAUGAAAACUCCGAGAACACCUAGAAAAAUUGGGUAAAAUGUUUUAAAAAGUUGGAAAUAACAGAAUUACAAAGCAAAAGGGGACUUUCAGCCUUUUAGAAUCAGUAUCCAGGAGAGGGGAGAAAAACAUAGUAAGCAAGGUCAGCCCGUGUUUGUGGUGAUUUUUCUCCUUAAGGAAAUUGGGAGAUUCCAAAAGCAAAAGUACUAGCUAAAAGGGAGAGCAGCUGAGCCGAGCAUUCGACAGACUAAGGGCUUUGGAAAAACAUUUAAGUUCAGGGCCCACCAAGGAUAAGUAGCCUUGGUAAAAUUCCAGGGCUAUCUGUUGAGUCUUCACAUAUAAGGACACAGAGAGGUUGAAAGGCAACAGAAUGGAAAAAAGAUACUCCAUGGAAACACUAACUUAAAUAAGAGAGAUCUAUACAAAUAUCAGGCAAAGUAGAUUGUGAGGCAAGAUGUAAUAACUAGAGUUUGAGGUAUUUUAUAAUGAAAAAAUGGUAAUUUUUUAAAAGUAUAGCUAAAGUAUAUCUAAUAACAUACAAGAAAAUACAUAAAAUAAAUGUUGGUAGAACUAGAAGGGAUAAUAAAUCCACAGCCAUGUUGAUAUGUUCUUGUAACAGGUAGACUAAGCAGAAAAAAGAAAAUGCAACAAGGAUGUGGAAUAUUUAACAAUGCAAUCAAUCAACAUGACACAGAGAUAACAUUACAUCAAAAAUAGCAAAAUACACAUUCUGUUCAAGGUCACAUGGAAUUUACCAAAACGGAACAUAUUGGGCCAUAAAGCAAAUACAAUUUCAGAGAACUGAAAUCAUUUAGAGUAUGUUCUCUGACCACAGUGGAUUAAACUAGAACUGAGCAACAGAAAGAUAAUCAGAAAAUUUUUAAAAUAUCUGGAAAUUAAGUAACACAGUUCUCAAUGCCAUUUGGGUUAGAGGAGAAAUCUCAAUGCAUAUUAGGUAACAUUCUUAAAUGAAAAUGAAUAUUGACAUUUCAUGAUUUGUGGUAAGCAGCUAAAUCACUGUUUUAAGAAAAAUAUCUGGAUCUUAAUGCAUACAUUAGAUGAAAUUAUGAAAAUAGAUUAAGCUUCUAUCUCAAAUAUAUAGGAAGAAAUUAGCAACAUACACUCAAAGAAUGGAGAAAAGAGCAAAUAAUAAAAAUAAGAUAGCAAGCAUACGACAAUUAACAACGAAAAAUGUCGAUUCUUUGAAAAUGCUAACAAAAUUGAUAAAUGCCUAGCAAGAAAUGAUCAAGAGACAGAGAAAUCACAAAUUACCAGAAUCAGGAGACUAUCUUCAUGGCUGGGGAUAAGCAAAACAAUAACCAUUAAAGAAAUGAUAGAUACAUUAACUUCUUUAAAAUUAGGAAGGUCUAUUCAAUAAAGGACAACAUUAAGAGUGAAAAUAUAUGCCACAGAUAAAAAGUAUUUCCAAAGUGGCUCGUACCCAGAAUAUAUGAGUAAGUUCUAUAAAUGAAAUAAAGACUGCCCAAUUUUUAAAAGUGGUCAAAAGACUUUAAAUAGACAUUUUACCAAAGAAGUCCAAAUUACCAAUGAACUAUGGAAAGGUAAACAGCACCGUUAGUCAUAAGAGAGAUGCCAGUUAGACCAGUGCACCCUUACCAGAAUGGCAAAUAUGAAAUGACAGACAGUAAAAGUGUUAGAAAGGAAAGAAGCCAGUGGAAUUCUCAUCCACUGCUGAUGGGACUGAAAAUUAUUACCAACACUUUGAAAAUUGCUCGGUACGAGCUACUAAAUCUAAACAUUAAUUUACCCUGUGACUGAACAAUUUUUAAAUACUUAAAUCCACCAGAAGACAUGUAAAGAAUGUCCAUAGCAGCUUUAUCUAUUAUACUCCAAACUAGCUACCAUCUAAAAAUCUAACAACAACAGAAUGGAGAAUUAAGUCGUGUUAUAUUAAUUAAAUAGAAUGCUAACAGCAAUGAAAUAAUGAAGUAUCAUUAUUAAAGUUGAAAGAACAUAAAAGAAGCUCAACGCAAAGGAGUACAUUUGCAUGUCUAAUGUACACGUUUUUGAUAUACAUAAAGUUAAGAAACACGGCAAGAUGAACCCAUGAUAGUAAAGGUCAGAAUAAUGGUUACUUUUAGGGGAGUUGUCAUUUGGGAGAAUGCAUGAAGGAAUUUCCUGUGCUAUUGAAAAUGUUUUAUAUUUUCGUUUGAGUUGUGGUUACACAGGUGUAUACAUAACUGUGAAUUCAUUAAGCUGUGCAUAUCUGUUCACCGUACUCUAUGAA